AUGGCGGGCUUGGCCACUGGAGACGUACCAACUUCCACCGGCUUCUCACUGCUGCCAUCUGAAGGCGUCGAUCCCAACAAUGGUCCCGGCGUUGGCGGCACAGCGGGCGGCGCAGGAGGCGGCAGCAGCAGCAGUAGCAUAAAUAGCGAUGCUCUAGGUAUACUGCCGACGCCGACGUCUUCACAGAUGAACAUUUUGCCGAGUGCUUCGCCUACAAAUUCCUUCUCUUCGCUUUCCGCACCCAAGGUGCUCGUGUUCAACGACAAGGCCAACUUCGGACCCAAUAACACUGGCCGCGUCUUUCCAGCCCAGAAUCGGACAAAGACUUUUGCGUGGACAUAUGCAAAGACCAACACGACGCUGCUGGACAUCUUUUGGUACGGGAGGCAAGUCAAUACGGGGGAGGCCUUUGAUGUAUCUCAAGCGAGUGUCAUUGCCCACGCCAAAUUCGGCGAUAGCACACCCGGAAACGAAUUCGCUAAGCAUACCGGACUGAGUUCAGGCGAGUGGUAUGAAAGGGAGAUGGUAAUCAAAAUCGACUGGAAAACGCAAAGCGGCGACGAGGGCUUCACCCAAUCUGGCGUCUUCACUGUGGCCAACGGACCCUUUGACUCGGAGGCCUUUGGCCGAGAGGCGACGGACAACAGCCAGGACAAGCAAGGCGGCGAGGCUACCACUUCCAUCGGCAACCCCAGCCUCCCGACCAGCGGGCCCUCUGGCACCGGCAACGGCAUCGGAGGCGGUAGCAGCAGCGGAGACAGGAGCGGGGGAGGCGGGGGCGGGCUCAGCAAGGGCGCCAUCGCCGGCAUCGCCGUGGCGUGCUCCGUCGUCGGCAUCCUGCUCAUCGCCGGCCUGGUGUGGUUCCUCCUGCGCCGCCGCCGGAGACGCCACUUUGACGGGGGCUACAACGCCGCCCACCAGACGACCAGCUCCUUCAUCGCCACCAAAGAGGCCCGGCCAUCGGUCGUCGAAUCGCCCGUCAUCUCGCCCUUUACCGACAACGACAACAGCCGAGCAAUCGGGCCCGGUUCCGGCUCCAAUGCCAUACCGAUACCUCUCCACCACAACGCCGCCGCAGGGACAAACGACCCGGUGUCACCUCAGGACGACCGCCGCCCAAGCACUGCUGCGUCGGGCAACAGGUCACGCAACAUUGCCCAUCUCGUCGAGGAGGGCAUGACGGAGGCCGAUAUCCUGCGGCUGGAGGAGGAAGAGCGGCAUCUGGAUGCCGAGAUUGAGCGUGCGGCGCGAAGGACGUCUAGGUAA